AUGAAUACGGAAAACGGUUCUCGAUCAGAACAGGGCCGUGUACCAAUGUCAGCAGAAAGACGAAGACAGUUCCAGGAAUAUAUCAUCUCUAGGCCGGAUAACACUCUCCAUGAUCUACUCAUGAGGCUAUCAGAGGAACGGGAUAAAGACAAAAACAUCCUAGAUAUGGAAAUAGGCAGAUCCCUCUCCAAUAUAGAUACGCGGGAGGAGCUUACAUGGGCAAAGGAAGACGCGGUCAAAAAGCGAACACAUGGAAUUGAAUCUAUCCAUGCAUAUACCUGGAGUCAGCCGUAUGAUCGUUCGAGCCGUGUCGUAGCCCUGUGGUAUGGCGAGGAGCCCAAACUGCCGGAAUUCCUUGAGAAUAUUCUUCACUUCGAGCUUCAAUUGAAUACUGAUCCCAGAGAGAUCCGUCCUGAUAUUUCACGUAAGAUUCAUCCUAAAUUCUUAGGCAUUUUGAAAGAUGAAUUUCACAAUGGAGACCGUGCGCGCCAUGUAGACACCGCUGAACUUGAAACUGAUGAUCGGAUAUAUCCGGUCCAGCUACAAGCAGACGCGCUAUCGAAUGAGCUGAUGACCGUGUGCCAUCUAACGGACGCCAUACAUUGCAAUGCCCUGUUUUCUGCGCCGAAACGCAUUGAUCUAGUUGACUCUCUCCAGGACCCAGCUCUUAACCUCAAAAACGUUAUCGAGCCACACGGAGAUUCGACCGGACAAAAAACCAGUGUACUCGUGGCUGUUGAAGACAUGGAAGAUGAUAGCUCCUCAACACUGGCAUUUAGAGAUGACACCAAGGAAAGUCUUGUUUACGCAAGGCACCAUGGUAAGAUUAUCCCUUUAGGGAUCCAUUGUGGAUCCCAUGAAGGUUCAAGGGUUAAUUCUAAACUGGGCCUACGACUUACAUUUUGUUCUCCUGACUCCUGCCCCCAUAAAAAAGCCGCUGUUGAAGAUUCGCACAGUUCAUCCUCUUAG